CUGGACACCAUCUACCACGCCCUGAGGGGCGCCAUGAGUGGGGUGGGUCAGCAGAGGGUGGCGGCAAUUGUCAAUCUCGUGGCGUAUUAUCCCAUCGGCAUUCCCUUUGGUUUGGUCAUGUGGUUCGGGUGGGCCGGGAUGAAGCUGACAGGGCUGCUGUCUGGGCUCGUGCUGGCCUGCCUUAUCAACGUACUCAGCCUGGCGCGGCUGCUCUCACGCAUCGACUGGGACGAACAGGUGAGUGACCAUCCAUCCAUCCAUCCAUCGUGACUGUCUGCAUCUCAUUCAUUCAUAUGUGUGUGCACCCAGGCGAAGCAAGCGGCAGAUCGGCUAGAACUGGACCACCAGGCCAGAGCGACGGGCAGCCAGGGUGACCACCCCUCCGAGUCCCCGAGCGACACGGUCAAGCUGUACGCCUCAAUGUCCAGCAGCGACGAGACGCACAGCAGCCUGGGAGAGGUGCGGGCAGCCGGGGCUGGUGGUGUGUGUGUGGGCGGGGAGUCGUGUGUGGGUGAGGGCGAGAGGGCGCCUCUCCCGUCGGUGAUCGGCACCUGGGGGGAGAGGGACCCAGUACAGUGAGUGGCCUCUGGAUGGAUGGAUGGACGGAUGGAUGGACGGAUGGCUGCCUAGUUAAUGAAUGUCUGUGUCUGUCUGUAAACUGUUUUGUGCGUCUUGACGUACACACAGAGAGACAGGCGCACAGACAGACAGAGUCUAAGUGAAUUGCAUUGCGUGGCGUGCUGUGUGUGUCUGUGUCUGUGUCUGUCUGAGUGUGUGUGUCCGUCCCGUCGUGUGUGUUUACUCACUUCCUCCGUCAUGUCGACAUCGCGUCGCAAAGCGCGCUCUCUCUCCUUCUUCUCUCCCUCCCUCCCUCCCUGCCUGGGUGACUAUGUGUCUGUGGAUAGUAGUGGUGUUUUAUCUAUCGCACACACACAUGUGAUAAUAAUUAUCAACAAUACCGCGUGUUGGUUGGGGACUGACUGGUGUGGUGUGAUGUGAGAUGACAGACUAAUUCAUUCAUUGACUGACUGACCCGUGUGUGUGAAUGAAUGCCAAUUUGCUCAGUCACUCGUGUGCCUUUCACUCACUCACUCAGUCACUCACUCUUUUACCCACUCAGCCACCACAUGCAGCAUGGUAUGGGAUGUGGAUCGUGGAGCCUGCCGCUGAUGCUGGCUGCCCAAUAGACUAGCAAUUGUGGUGUUGGUGCUGUCUGCCUGUCAUGGAACGCAUUGCAUUGCAUUCACA